UUUCCUCCAUUUUGAAGCACCUGUCAGAAGGGGGAGUGGUCAAUGAUGUCACCUGAAGCCGCUGGAGUUGGAGGGAGGAGGGGGAGGAGGUGACUGAUGUUCCUCCGCCUCGCCUCGGACUCUUCUCCUCGUCCUCUUCGUCUCUCAACACUUGUUGUCUCUUCCACUGCUGGAAAUUAGAAAAAAACAACAGACUUCACUGACUCAACAUGUCGUCUUUGACGUGAAGCGUCGCGUAACUAUGCAGAGCUGCGGCGCGUACGCGACGUUUUUCCCGACGAGAAUCCACGACUUUUAGCGGAUUUCGAUUCGCUAAAAGUGGAUAAAAGAGCGGCGAGGCUUCCGCGGAAGGAAAAAGUGCGACGCGAUGGGAAACCUGAUACUGACGGUGCUGGUGCUGCUGCACCUGUCCACGGAGCUGCUGUCCAUCCAGGUCAUCGUCCCGGAGACGGAGCGGAGGACGACUCUGUUUGCCUCCGUGAUUCUUCGCUGCGACUAUUCCACCUCGGCGAACGCCCAGGAUGUCCUGGUCACCUGGAGAUACAAGUCUUUCUGUAAAGACCCCGUGCUGGAGUUCUACUCCACAGCUUAUCAGGCGGCUCUGCAGCUCGGUCAGGAUCCCGCCAACGACUGUCCGGACCGGCAGCGCAAAGUCCGCACCGUGAUCCAGAAGAGAGGCCUGAACGAGCCCAUCCUUGGCGCGGAGUACAGAGAACGCAAAAUCACCAUUCGAAACAAGGCUGACCUGGUGAUCACCGAGGUGAUGUGGUGGGAUAACGGCGUGUACUUCUGCACCAUCGACGCCGCCGGCGACACGGCAGGCGACUCGGACCGCGAGAUCAAACUCAUCGUUUACCACUGGCUCACCGUCCUGCUCAUCAUCCUCGGCGCCCUCCUGCUCAUCUUACUGUUUGGCAUCUGUUGCUGUCAGUGCUGCCCGCAGAAGUGCUGCUGCUACGUCCGCUGCCCGUGCUGCCCGCGGACGUGCUGCUGCCCGGAAAAAGCCGUGAUGCAGCACAGGAUGAUACGGGAGGCUCAGAAGGCGAUGGCUCCGUGGGUGAACGGCCAACCCAUCUACGCUCCCAUCAGCUCCAACGCCUCCACCCACGGCGUCCCAAUACUCUAUUCAGGCUCGUUCUCGGACCAUCCUACUAAACAAAACUUUGCCAUGGCUCCCAUGCACAUGCAGCACCAGGCCUCCCCUCUCCCUCCGUACCAUAUGAACGGCAGUGCAAACGGCAGCAUCCCAGCCCACGGUCAGGUGCUGGAUUACCUGGAGAACCAGGUGAGGGGCCUGGAUUUAGUGGCACCCCAAAUGGGUCCACACGCAGUCCAGAACAUGGCUCCAUUACAACAUCAGCUUCCGCUACAGCCUCAGCAUCAGCUGCCGCUACAGCAUCAGCCUCAGCCUCGGCGUCAUUCUCCCACGGCUGUUCCGUUCACACCCGGGCCCCCGAGCAUGCUGUCAGCUCUGGAUGAGAUGGGGGUGAGAGGUGUGGAGAGGAGGGUGAUUACACUGCCGCCAAUAAUCCACCAUGUGCCCGGCUUCUCUCGGAAGGGCCCUGGAGGUGGAAGUGGAGGUGGAGGGGGAGCUCGAGGGGACCCCAGGAUGUCUAGUCAGUCCAGUGGGAGUACAAAUCCCCCAGGGGCCGGAGCCUACCGCGACAGACGUGUAUAUAGAGACAGGGACGCCUCUCCUCCCAGGCGGGGGAUCCUGCGCGAGUACAGCGACGACUCCGACUGGGACAACAGGCGAGGAAGAGCGCCGCACAGAGGCUCGAGAAACGGCAGAGGAGGCUCGGCUGCGAGGAGAGGAGGCACCGGGUCCAGCGGCGCCCGAGUGCGGCCGCGGAGUCGAGAUGAUCUGAUGGAGGAGCUGUACAGAAGAGCGCCCCGGAGGGAGAGGAGCUAUUCGCCUCCUCAGCGCCGCAAAGGCUCCUGGAGCUCCGACGAGGAGGACUACAGGAGACAGAAAGGGGGAAAAGUGAAGGAUUGGGCCGAGAAGCCGCCCAGCUACUUCUCCAUCGAGCCUGGACAAAGCAACAGUCGGGGGAACUACAACCCACUUUCAGAUAGAAGCUCCCGUAGCGGCACCAGUGUAGUCAUCUAAAGCAUUUCCAUUUUUUUUUUUUUUUUACUUUUUUGUUUGUUUCCUGUUCCUGAAUAUUUCCCGGUGAGAAAGAAGAAAAAAACAGCAGGUACUUUAAUUUGUGUGUUGUGAAAAACUUUGUCUCCUAUAAAUAAAUGAAGAAAACCGGUUCAGUUGAGGCUGUGACGGGCAAAUAACAUGCUUGAGUUUUUUUUAAAUGAUGAUUACUGCGAGUGAUUCUUGUAUUAAAUGUUAUUUGUGUGUGUGUUUUCAUUUCGGGUGGUGGAUAAGUAAAUCCUGUUGUUUGUGAAGUAAACUUUCAAAAAGCUGUUAGACACUGUGAGGUUUUGUUGUUUGUACAGACAGAUGUGAUGUUUAUGGUUCGUUUAGUUUCAUUUUUUUUACACACAUAUAUAUAUAAUUUUGUUAUUUUUGCAUAAUUUCUCUGUCUUAUUUAAAGUGUCUAUACAUAGUACCAUUGUUACUGUUGCCGCAGUGGAAAGUGGACACUGUACAGGAACUUUUACGGAUAUAUCGUGGACACUUUUUGUUGUACAUACUGGAGAAAAGAUAAUUAUGUUUGACAUAAAUAGUGAUGCACUGUUGUGAAGUGUGUGUGUUUUUAAUAAACAUUUUUAGAUACA